AUGAAAGGCGACUGGCCCCUCAAGCGCAAAAUGCCUUUCAUCGGCGGACACGAAGGUGCCGGAAUUGUCGUCGCUAAAGGAGAGUUAGUGCAUAACAUUAAAGCCGGAGACCACGCGGGUAUCAAGUGGCUCAAUAGCUCAUGUCUGUCUUGCUCCUUCUGCAAGCAGGGCGACGAGCCACUGUGCCCACACGCCCUACUCUCUGGUUAUACCGUCGAUGGCACCUUCCAGCAGUAUGCAGUGGGCAAGGCUAGUCAUGUGACGCGCAUCCCCAAGGACUGCGAUCUGGCCACCAUUGCACCGGUUCUCUGCGCAGGAGUCACGGUUUACAAGGGUCUCAAAGAGUCUAUUGCCCGACCGGCCAAGUACGUCGCCAUUGUGGGAGCUGGUGGUGGCCUGGGAAGCUUGGCAAUCCAGUUUUCCAAGGCGAUGGGUCUGCGGGCCAUCGCCAUUGACAGUGGCGAAGAGAAAGGUACCCUCUGCAGAUCCCUUGGCGCAGAAACGUACAUCGAUUACACCACGUCGAAUGAUGUGGUUGCGGACAUCAAAAACGCAACUCAUGAUGGCCUUGGCCCCCAUUGCGCCCUUAUAGUUGCGCCCGCAGAGGAGCCGUUCCAGCAGGCGACCCGAUAUCUUCGGUCUCGAGGUGUUAUUGUCUGCAUCGGUAUGCCUUCAGGGGCGUACCUUAAAGCACCUAUCUUUGAUGUUGUUGUCCGGAUGCUUUCUAUCAAGGGCAGCUAUGUGGGCAAUCGUCUGGACGCUGACGAAGCCAUUGAGUUCUUCCGCGCGGGUCUGAUCAAAGUGCCAUCAAAGGUGGUUCCUCUCAGCAAGCUUUCGGAUGUAUUUGAAUCGAUGGCCGUUGGCGAAAUUGUUGGUCGUUAUGUCCUGGACACCGCCAAUUGA